AUGUACUUGGUGUCUACUGGUCCCAACUUUGGAACACGCGAGUCCAGGCACAUUAAUGGGGUCUAUCAGUUGACCGGGAAAGACAUACUGGCUGGCAGAGAAUUUGAAGAUAACAUUGCACUUGGUGCCUGGGGGUUUGAGUUCCAUGACGAGAACAACUCAAAUUGGGAGAGCACGUUCAAAACUCCCCCAAUGCUGCCAUUCCAAAUUCCUUUAAGAUCCUUGCAAAGUAUCGACAGAGGGAACCUGUUUGCUGCCGGGAGAUGCGCUGAUGGCGAUCAAUACGCAGGAAGUGCGGUUCGAGUGAUGGGCACGGCUCUAGCAACGGACCAAGCUGCCGGAGUUGCUGCCGGAACGUUAGCAGCUGUCAAGAGGAUGGGGGAUUGGGGCUUCAUUGAUGUACAGAGCUGUCUCACCAAACAUGGAGCGCUGCUAGACCCCACCGUCUUACCUGGACCAUUUGAGGCUAGCGACGCCAUCUAA